AUGCCGGAGCUCAGCGAUUAUGUCAAGUCGAGGGAUUUCACCGGCGCAGUGACGCUGCUAGAGUUCAACCGGCGGUCGGGAGAAGACGAAACCCUCGAAGACACCCUCAUGUGGCUGGGGUACUGCGCCUUUCAUCUCGGGAAUUACCAACGAGCCAUCGAAGCCUACCAGGAGCUGGAAUCGCUUGGUGGGGCGGACGAGGUGACCUUGUUUCUGGCAUGUUGCUACUACUACAUGCAGAUGUUCGACAAGGCGGAGGAGGCUGCAAAAAAGGGCCCCGAGUGCGCCCUGAAGAAUCGUCUGCUGUUCCACGUGUCGCACAAGCUGCUCGACGAGAACAAGCUCAUGACGUACCACCAGAAGCUCAGUGACACCAACGAAGACCAGCUGUCUCUCGCGGCGAUCCACUACCUGAGGAGCCACUUCCAGGAGGCAACGGACAUCUACAAACGCCUCCUAUUAGAGAACCGGGACGACCUCGCGUUAAACGUGUACGUGGCCAUGUGCUACUACAAGCUGGACUACUACGACGUGUCUCUGGAGAUCCUCGCCGUGUACCUCCAGGCUUUCCCGGACAGCGCCGUCGCCAUGAACCUCAAAGCCUGCAACGUUUUCCGCCUGUACAACGGAAAGGCGGCGGAGACGGAGCUAAAGACCCUCUCCGACCGAGGACACAACCUACAGGCAUGCGAAUGAUUUGAUCCGCCACAAUACGGUGGUGUUCUCCGAAGGCAAGGAGUCUCUCAAGGUUCUUCCCCCUCUCGUCGACUUCAUCCCGGAAGCGAGGCUCAACUUGGUGAUCUACUAUUUGAAACACGAAGGGCUGCAAGAGGCGUACGACCUG